CUUGUAGUCAUUCAAUUAAAACAUGUACUCUGGUAAUGUACUUGUAUGAAUCACUGUUUGUAUACAUGCAGGUCGAAACUUUCAUGCUAUGGGAUGUUCAGUGUCCAACGUCAGCCUCGUCACAUCACCUAGCAGGUGUUUUGUUUUCCUUGCCAAACCUGACUGAACUGAGACUAAAUGGAAGAGAGUUCAAUGAAGAGUUCUUUUCUACAUUGAAUGCAAAGGCGUCAACCUUACAUGUCGAAUCUCUCUGGCUAUGGGAUGUUCAGUGUCCAACAUCAGCUUCUUCACAUAACCUAGUAGAUGCUUUGUGUUCCAUGCCAAACCUGACUGAACUGUCACUAAGUGGAAAGUUUUUCCAGGAGUUCUAUUCUACUCUGAAUGCAAAGGCAUCAACUUUACAGGUCCAAACUCUCAAUCUUCAAGCAAGUCUUGGGUGGCCAACAUCAGCAACUUCACAUUACCUAGUAGAUGCUUUGUGUUCCAUGCCAAACCUGACUGAACUGUCACUAAAUGGAAAAUUUUUCCGGAAGGAGUUCUAUUCUACUCUGAAUGCAAAGGCAUCAACUUUACAGGUCCAAACUCUCAAUCUUCAAGCAAGUAUUCAGUGGCCAACAUCAGCAACUUCACAUUACCUAGUAGAUGCUUUGUGUUCCAUGCCAAACCUGACCCUACUGACACUACGGGGAUUUACUUUCCAGGAGGAGUUCAAUUCUACACUGAAUGCAAAGGCAUCAGCCUUAGAGCUGAAGGCAAGGAUAUUGUGGGUAGAUCAUUAAGAGCCCAAUGAUGACGAGGAGUUUGAUGAUGCAACUAUGAAGCUGGGAGAAGAGGGAUGUGCUCCCAAGACACAUCCAGCAUCCAACAAGAAAGAUGGAGGGGAAUUGGUUAUACCAAUAAAAGGAAAUGAAAUUCCAGCAAAAAAGAAAAGGACACACGAUAGCAACGACAGCGAGUCAACCCCCAUUGUGAAAACCAAAAAGAAAGAAGAUGAGGACUAUGGAAAAAAGAAAGAGCAGACAAAGCAGGAAGAUGAUAGGAGGAUAGCGGAUGGGUCUGAACGAAAAGAAAGAGGGGAGAGCAGGAGAAGAUAUGACGAAGCUAGGAGUUCAUACCAUUCUACUAGAUACGAGGAUGACGAAACCAUAGUUAAGAGAAGAGAAGAUGAACAGAGGGAUCGGAAUGAUCAUUGGGAUAGGGAACGAGAGGCCAAACUAAGGAUAGAUAAAAGAGAGGGAAAGAGGAAGGAGGGGUUUGGAUGGAGAGAGGGAAACUGAAGGAAGGAGAGAUAGAGAGGAGCAAAGGAAUGAUAGAAGUGUAGAGAGAGAA